AUGUAUUUACCAGAAACACCACCUUCUUUAUCAAAAUCUAAAGCAAAUGUAUUAUUAAAUUCAAUUGAUCAAUCACCAAUAAAUAUAGAAUAUCUUUCACCAGAAUCUUUUUCAACACCAAUAAAAACGAAACAAAAACCACUCACAAAUUUUGAUCAAUAUUGGGAUAUGAUAUCUGAAGGUAAAUCAUUCAUAGAGCCAUUUCAACUAUUUAAGAUCCUAAAGUUAUUAGAUAUAAGUAAUCUACGAGUAAAAACAAAAAUUGUUGAAUUAACAGAAGGAAUUUAUUCAAAAAUUAAUAAAUUUCAAGCAAGGGAAAUUUUUGAGACUGCGCUUAAUAGUGUUUUCAAAAUAGAUUCAAUUGAUGAUACAAGUAUUGUUUUAAUGGAUAGUAAAGAUUUCAUAAAACAAAGCUUAGUUGAGUUGGAUCAAAUUCAUCAUAAAUUGAAAAAUCUGUUUAAUUUAUUAGAAUCGGAGAUUAAUGAAAUCAAGGAUAAAAAUCUAAAAGACUUGACUGAGUUGAGGAAUUUGUGUAAUGCAAAUGAUAAUAUAAAUGACAAGAUACAUAUUAUACGACGUGAUGUCAAUAAAUUAAGUGGAGGUUUUAGGUCAAUGAAGAAGGAGAUAUUGAAUCAAGUCAACGCAUCUCCAAAAACUUACACAAAUGCAAAUUUAAUAACUUCGGUAUUAACUGAAGACGAAAAGAUAUUGAUAUCGAAACUACAUAAUGAAUCAACGUCAAAUAUUUCAAACAUACUAGAUAAUGACGAUAUAGAAUUGAGUCUGCCAACCAUAAAUCAUAGCAAUUCACUACAUAGAAACUUGAAUUAUAUAGUUCAAGAUGAUAUAGAGUCAAAACUAUCAUCAACUCCAGGAUCAAAAGUAGUAAUACGACCAAUAGCAGACGCAGCCAAUGAAAUCAUUAAUCAAAUGUCAAAUAAAACUAUGGAAAGUACAAAUACUGAUAUCUUUUAUUAUUAUCAGUUAUAUAUAUUAUUCACCAUUUUUUACCUAAUAUUUAAAUUUUGA